AUGCGUUCGGCAGUUGCCAAGCUGGGCAAAGACCCAAAGCUCAUUGAGCCACUCGUGCCUGUGGACCUCGUUGUCGAUCAUUCGGUACAGGUCGAUUAUGCUGGAGUUGGCAAUGCCCUGCAGCAGAACAUGCAGAAGGAAUUUGAGCGCAAUCAGGCACGCUAUCAGUUCCUGAAAUGGGGCAUGCAAGCGUUUGAUAGCUUCAAGGUUGUUCCACCCGGUAUUGGCAUCGUUCACCAGAUUAAUCUCGAAUACUUGGCCAAAGGGGUGCUGGAAAAAGACGGGGUGUACUAUCCAGAUACGCUUGUCGGUACCGAUUCGCACACGACCAUGAUCAACGGUAUUGGUGUGGUUGGCUGGGGCGUUGGGGGUAUUGAGGCUGAAGCGGGUAUGUUGGGCCAACCUGUUUAUUUUCUGACUCCAGAUGUCGUCGGUAUGCAUCUGACGGGCGCACUGCGAGAAGGCGUGACCGCAACCGACUUAGUCCUGCACUGCACCGAGAUGCUGCGGGCAGCAAAAGUCGUGGGCAAGUUUGUUGAGUACCAUGGCGAAGGAGCCACCAACCUGCCGCUGACCGACCGCGCGACUAUCGCCAAUAUGGCUCCUGAAUAUGGGGCGACUAUGGGGUUUUUCCCUAUCGAUGAGGAAACGUGUCGUUACCUCCAAGCGACUGGUCGGACAGAUGAGCAAGUCGACGCAUUCCGCAACUAUUUCCAAGCCCAAGGUAUGUUUGGCAUUCCGGGCAAAGAUGAGUGUGUAUACAGCCAAGUCUUAGAUCUCAAUCUUGCCGAUGUCCAGCCAGGUGUGGCUGGCCCCAAACGGCCCCAAGACCGGAUCAAUCUUCCCGAAUUAAAACAGACCUUUGAGGCGCUAUUUCAGAAACCAGUGAGUGAAAGUGGCUAUAACAAAACCCAGGCAGAACUUGGCAAACGCUAUCCUAUUAAUGGAGCCGGUAAUGGAGCUGGAGACCUCGGCCAUGGUGACGUCCUGAUUGCGGCCAUUACCUCGUGUACCAAUACUUCCAAUCCGAGCGUCAUGCUGGCGGCAGGCUUAUUGGCCAAGAAAGCAGUCGAAAAAGGGCUGACCAUUCGGCCAGCCGUCAAAGCCUCUUUAGGUCCAGGUUCCCGGGUGGUGACCGCAUACCUCCAAAAAACCGAUCUCCAACAGUAUUUGGACAAGCUCGGUUUCAAUCUUGUUGGCUAUGGCUGCACGACGUGUAUUGGGAAUUCCGGACCGCUUGAUCCCAAGAUCGAGGAAGUGGUGACGACAAAUGACCUCAUCACCGCCAGCGUUUUAAGCGGCAAUCGGAAUUUUGAGGCACAUAACCCGCUGUGGAAUGAUAUCUCCAGCAGUACUGGUAACCUGUACGAGUGGGACACGGCUUCAACCUAUAUUCAAGAUCCGCCUUUUUUUGAAGGUUUUGGCCUGGAACCAGGCACAAUCAGCACUAUUACUGGCGCCCGUCCUCUGGCUGUGUUGGGGGAUUCUGUCACGACCGAUCACAUCAGUCCGGCUGGGGCUAUCAAACCGACCUCUCCAGCCGGGCAAUAUCUCCAAGAAAACGGGGUCGCAGUCCAGGAUUUUAAUAGCUAUGGGUCGCGGCGUGGCAACGAUAAGGUGAUGACGCGCGGGACCUUUGCCAAUGUGCGGAUUAAAAACCUGAUGGUUCCUGGUACGGAAGGUGGGCUGACCAAAUACUAUGCCAAUGGGGGACCCGGCGAACAGAUGGACAUCUAUGUUGCUGCUGUCAAAUAUCAGUCAGCGGGUGUUCCACUGGUCGUUCUGGCUGGCCAAGAGUAUGGAACGGGCAGUUCGCGUGACUGGGCGGCAAAAGGCACCAGCCUGCUGGGAGUACAAGCCGUUAUUGCGCAAAGCUUUGAGCGUAUUCACCGCAGUAACCUGGUCGGUAUGGGCGUGUUACCGUGCCAAUUCAAAGAGGGCACUACCACGCAAACUCUUAACCUAGAGGGUAAUGAGACCUUCGAUGUGGUGGGAUUCGACGCCAACCUUCAGCCUCAGCAGGAUGCCACGCUUGUCAUCCACCGAGCGGGUGGAGAGACGCGAGACGUGCCAGUCACGGUCCGAAUCGAUACACCGAUAGAAAUCGAAUAUUACCGGCACGGUGGUAUUCUCCAGUAUGUGCUGCGGCAAUUAAUUGCUCAGGCGUAG